CAAAACUUAAUUGAAACCUUUUUUCGUAUAUAAAAACCCUCCCAUUCCUUUCUUCAUUCAUUCCUCACACUGAACACAACGCAACCUAACUAGCUUCUCUUCCAUAAUCGAUUCCAUUCAAUUCAACAAUGGCGUUGCCUAAUCAGCAAACAGUUGAUUAUCCUAGCUUCAAGCUUGUGAUCGUCGGUGACGGUGGCACAGGAAAAACAACUUUCGUGAAGAGGCAUCUUACUGGAGAAUUUGAGAAGAAAUAUGAACCAACUAUUGGUGUGGAAGUGCAUCCGUUGGAUUUCUUCACAAACUGUGGAAAGAUUCGUUUCUACUGCUGGGAUACAGCUGGUCAAGAGAAGUUUGGUGGUCUCAGGGAUGGAUAUUAUAUUCAUGGGCAGUGUGCUAUUAUAAUGUUUGAUGUUACUGCUCGGCUGACAUACAAGAAUGUCCCUACCUGGCACCGUGAUCUUUGCCGGGUCUGUGAAAACAUCCCAAUUGUUCUUUGCGGAAACAAGGUUGAUGUGAAGAACAGACAAGUGAAGGCAAAGCAGGUUACCUUCCACAGGAAAAAGAAUUUGCAGUACUACGAGAUUUCAGCUAAGAGCAACUAUAACUUUGAGAAGCCUUUCCUGUAUCUUGCCAGGAAACUUGCAGGUGAUCCCAACUUGCACUUUGUAGAAUCUCCGGCACUGGCUCCACCAGAAGUUGAUAUUGAUAUAGCUGUCCAACAAAGGCACGAGAAUGAGAUUCUUGAGGCUGCUAAUCAACCCCUUCCUGAUGAUGAUGAUGAUGCAUUUGAAUAGGAAGGACCCUUGAGAGUGCUGGCCGAUGUGUUGCGUUUGUUCUGUUAUAUGCUGUAAUGUUAUGUGUUUUGUGGUUGAACCGUUGACAUUUUUUGAUAUAGAUUAUGGAUUUCAAUUUAACCACCAUUUGAUUGAGAUGUUUUACUUUUA